GAACAGACACACACACACACACACACACACACACACACACACACACACACACACACACACACAGGCAGCUGCGCUCUCCACCAGACUGAACGUGUCGCAGCUGGAUUGUUAUUUUAGAAGGAAACAGACACGGAUCUAACUCGUCCCAGCAUGAAGUCAGCGAGCUCCAGUGGACUUGGCGCACUGUGCGUCGCCCUGCUUGCUGUGGGAAACAUUGCGACUUCUAUCGCUCUCUCUGUUGUCCAAAAUCUUGAUUGUACCCACGACUACGUGAAUAUGUCCUGCGACUUUGACGCACCAAACUGCUCUGGAUACAACCUGACGCUCAGGUCCCUCGGCUUUAAUGACUUAGCAUCUUGCAUUUUCAAGCAGUGCGACAGGGGAAAGUGUUGUUGCUCUACUCAGAUGACUCUUAUCUAUGGGGACGAUCACAAUGCAACAGUUUGGAAAGGAGAUGAAAACUUGGCCUCCAAAAUCAUCAGCGUGGCCAAUAGAUUUAAGCCCAGAGUCCCAACAGAUGUCACAGUGGAGGAAUCCAACGGGAAUUUUGAAGUCACCUGGAGGACGAACAUGGAUCACAGGCCCAGUGUCAGAGACGACUUGAGAGCUAUUGUGACUUAUCGUAUAAAAGGGAACACAGCACAGGUAUCUGAACCUUUCAAACCAACUACAGUCAAUGGACUGAGAUACUAUGAAAUAAAUGUGAAACACCUGAAGCCAAGUACAACAUAUUUGGUCAGUGUGAGAAGCGUGUACUGGAACAACCUCUCCAGCGACAGCAGCCAAGAGGUGGAGUUCACAACGUCUAUGUCCCCUGACGUCCUGCUCAUGUCUAUCAUCAUCAGCCUCAGUAUUGCAGCAGUCAUCAUCAGCGGGGCCAUAUAUGUCUGUUAUACAAAGGCCAAAACAGUGUGGUGGGACUCAGUUGCCAAAUGUCCAAAUCCAAGACUUCUUGAUAUGCAUCCACGCAAGGAAGACGUCUUGAAGCCGGUCGGACCUCUCUUAUCCACUAUCUCUGUUGAGCCUCUUAUUCCAGACGACACCAAAUCAUGGUCAAAGGGGUCACUGCAUGACGGCAGCAGCGGGAGCCCUCAGCAAAGCAGUGGAAUCAGCACUGGCUCCUCUUGUACCAGCUACGCUAACACGGAGCCUGUUGACAUUGUUGCCGGUGUUGAGGAAGCCCUUCGUAAAGCCUUCCCCAAUAUAAGCCCCAUAUCACCUUUGACCACCAGCCCAUUUCAAGAAAUGAACCCAGCCAUCGAUCUGAUCUCCUCUCCCUACAACCUUUGUGAUGUCAGAGCUGAUGACGUGAAUUCUGGAUCAUCUGGCUUUGACAACAAAACCUACUCCAUCCUCAUCCCAAACCUCCCACAUCCGACUCUGGAUGUGGGAGGUUCGGCUCCGCUGGAGAGCUCUGACCAACAGAUUCCAGCUUGUCCGCUUAUUACUUUCCCCCCAGCGGCUUCAUCUCUUAUUCCAAUGGACAUGUCCUAUCAGCAGUGCAGUUUAGAUUCUGAGAGAUUUUCCUGUGCAGAAGACUCCAGUUUGUCCUCCAGCUCUAGCAGCACCAACCCAAUUGCGCCAUGUGAUCCUGCAUUCAGGGUUGAGAACGGGUGUGAGAGGUCUGAUGAGGCGGUCAGCGAUGCUGCAAAGUUAAAUGGAACACAUGAAGUGGCCAUUAAGUGCGAUGAAAAUCCCUGCUACGGCUGCGUGCCCGCAGUUUCACACAGCUUCCCUCCAGUGAACGACGACUAUCAGGCAUUUCAAAAUCUGGUGGGGCAGCCCGACAUUUUGUUCACAGAGCAGCGGAGCGAUGAGGAAGAGGAACAUCUGGACAAAUAUCCAGAGGAAUCAAUCAGUGAGAUGCCUGAAAUAUCCUUAAACCCAGCUGGUCCAGGUUUCUUUGAUAAUUUCCAGGGUGCAAAGUGUCUCCCUGAUCUGGAAAGACCUCUCCUCUCUUUGUUAUCUGCCGGCCAGUCAAUGCCAACGUUCACAGAAGGCGGCUAUCAAAGUGUGUAACGCUGAAGUUUUGAUGAACUCAUUUUUGGGGGGCUUAUGUAUUAUAAACAAUGUUGAGAUAUGUUGAAAAUACGAGUGAGGAAGAGGACAGAUCGGACUGGGGGUGGAGUCAUGUUUCACCGAGGACAUGGCACAUUUGCCCAAUUCUGCCACCGCUGAGACUUUUUUUUAAAGAAGAAAUGCAUCAUGAUCAACUGUAAACUCGCCAGAGACGAGCAACCACAACCUGCUGUCAUGCAGGCUGUGGCAGCUCAUUGUUGUGAAAUCACUUCCUCAUAGCUCUUCUCUGGAAGUGCUGAGUCACUGCCAAGGAAAACUGCGUCACACAGUACGUUAUUCUCCUCACAGCAAAAAAGGUGUAGCUUAAAAGGAACUUGUAUUUGUGUGAAUAAGUUAAGUAAUGGUUGUAUUCUUGUUAAGUGAACUGAAACACCUGUUACUUUAGAGCCCAUUGUUUUGGCAAUACAUAUGUAAUAAUAACAAUAUGUCAAAUAAAAGUGGUUCGAUGUGGA